AUGCUGCCGUGGCAACAGAAGUUAGUCACCACCUUCAUAAAAAGCAAACUUUUCAUUCUGCCAUCUGUUUUUUACUAUAAAGCUGCAUCAGCACUUCUUGACCAUGAGCCAAAACUGAAAGAGAACACAUCUGCCAUUGUUGGUGCCGCAAUUAGAGGAAGUUCGGAAAUUGUUCAACUUCUACUUGACUAUGGUGUAAACCCAAAUGGUAUCUGUAUCAAACAGAGGACGCGGCCACUACACGAGGCUGUCAGAUAUGAAAGGUGGGAGACGGUAAAAAUCCUGCUGUCCUAUGGUGCUGACCCCCUCAUGCAGAAUGACAAGGGACAGACUGCAGAAAGUAUAGCCCUACAGUGCGGUAAUGAAAAGGCUUCCAAGUUUAUAAGCAUGUUUAAAGGUAAGAUCUCUAGAAAACUCUCCCAAAAAUUAUUGAUAUCACUAAUGUUGGUGAUGUUCAUGAUGGUGUUAAUUGCAAUUCAGCUGGUGGAUGCACAGCAUGCCGUCAAGGCAGUUAAUUUUUAA